GUAGCCCUCCCCAUGGCCUGCUAUCACAAAAUGGCCGACUUGUUGUCGUCGUCGUGGCUUGGCUUGGUCCCCAGUGAUCUCCUUCAUGAGCUGGAGGAGCCUGAAUGCACCCAAAUUAAAGAGGAGACGGAGGAGCCAGUGUGUGCCCAAAUGAAAGCCAAAGAUGAGGAGUCACGACAUCCUCACAUUAAAGAAGACAUCACCAUGUUUCCAUUGACUGGUGUCAGCAUGAAGAGUGAAGAAGGUAAUGGAGAGCAACAUGGAGGACCAGACGCCACCAUCCCUCCACUUCUAGACAAUUGCAAAGGAUCCCAAGCUCCACCGUCAGACAGUGACGAGAUAACGUCACACUCUUCUAUUGCUGAUAAUGAAGAUGAAGGUCAUCGUGAGGAGAACAGAAAAGCGGAGCCUCGGGCUUGCGUCUCACCUCCACACAAGACGGUAGAAGGUGAUGCAGACCGCUGUAGAGGAUCACAAGCAGACAGCCUCCUUGCUCCGCUAUCAGAUAGCGAUGAACUAACCUCACACUCUUCUGGCACUGUUGAUGAACACUCCAAAGGUGAUAUGACGCAUCACACUGACAAGAAACGCUGGAAAUGUUCUCGGUGUGAUCAAACCUUUACCUACAAGUCAUCCUUGAAAAGCCACAAAAAAAUACACGAAGGGGAACCUUUUACCUGCUCAGUUUGUGGUAAAGGUUAUUCUAGAAAGGAAGCAUUAAAAAUUCACACAAGAACACACACUGGAGAAAAACCUUUUCCUUGUUCCAUGUGUGAUAAAACAUUUUCUUUGAAGGAAAGCCUAAUGAGACACACAAGAACACACACUGGGGAAAAACCGUUUACCUGCGUAGUUUGUGGUAAAAGUUAUUCUAGAAAGGGGCAUUUAAGCAAUCAUUUAAAAGCACAUUCUGCUGGUGAAAAAAAAAAUUUUGCCUGCGCAGAUUGUGGUAAAAGCUAUUCUCAAAAGCAAAGCCUUUUAUGGCACCAAAAAACACACACUGGGGAAAAACCUACCUGCUCCGAUUGCGGCAAAGAAUUUUCCACAAAGGGAGCAUUAAAGCUUCACACAAGAACGCACACUGGAGAAAAACCUUUUCUUUGUUCGCAGUGUGGUAAAACAUUUCCUUUGAAGGAAAGCUUAAUAAGACACACAAGAACGCACACUGGGGAAAAACCUUUUGCCUGCUCAGUUUGUGCUAAAAGGUACUCUAGAAAAGGGGAUUUAAGCAUUCAUUUCCAAACGCAUAGUGCGAGCCCAAGAAAACGCUUUACCUGCUCAGAUUGUGGUAAAAGUUACUCUAAAAAGGCGUAUUUAAACAUUCAUCUCAAAACACAAUGUGGGGAAAACAAAUUUGCCUGCUCAGAUUGCGGUAAAAGCUAUUCUCAAAAGCAAAACUUAUUACAUCACAAAAAAACACACACUGAGGAAACCCUUUUUGCCUGCUCUAAUUGUGGCAAAGAUUUUUCGACAAAGACGGCAUUAAAACGUCACACAGAAACACACACUGGAGAGAAACCUUUUGUUUGUUUGGUGUGUGGCAAAACAUUUGCUCUGAAAGAAACCUUAGAAACGCACACAAGAAAACACCCUGGGGAAAAACCUUUUGCCUGCUCAGUUUGUGGUAAUAGUUACUCUAGAAAGGUGUAUUUAAGCAUUCAUUUAAAAACACAUAGUGCCGAAAAAGCUUUUGCCUGCUCAGAUUGUGGUAAAAGGUUUUAUCAAAAGAAAAGCUUAUUAUAUCACACAAAAACACACACUGGGGAAAAACAUUUUGCCUGCUCUGUUUGUGGCAAAACGUUUUCUACCAAGGGAACAUUCAAAAUUCACACAAGAACACACACUGGAGAAAAACCUUUUCGUUGUUCCGUGUGUGAUAAAACAUUUUCGUUGAAAGCAAGCUUAAUAAGACACACAAGAACACACACUGGGGGAAAACCUUUUGCCUGCUCACUUUGUGGUCAAAGGUACACUAGAGAGGGUGAUUUAAGCAUUCAUUUAAAAACACAUAGUGCGAGUGAGGAAAAACCUUUUGCCUGCUCAGAUUGUGGUGAAAGCUAUUCUCACAAGCAAAGCCUUUUAUGGCACCAAAAAACACACACUGGGGAAAAACCUUUUGCCUGCUCUGAUUGUGGCAAAUGUUUUUCGACAAAGGGAUCAUUAAAAAUUCACGCAAGAACACACACUGGAGAAAAACCUUUUCUUUGUUCGCUGUGUGAUAAAACAUUUGCUUUGAAGGAAAGCUUAAUAAGACACACAAGAACACACACCGGGGAAAAACCUUUUGCCUGCACAGUUUGUGGUAAAAGUUACUCUAGAAAGGGGGAUUUAAGCAUUCAUUUAAAAACACAUAGUGUGGGUGCGCAAACACGUUUUACCUGCUCAGAUUGUGGUAAAAGUUACUCUAAAAAAGCAUAUUUAAACAUUCAUUUAAAAACACAUAGUGAGGAAAAACUUUUUGCCUGCUCUGAUUGUGGCAAAUCUUUUUGUACAAAGGGAUCAUUAAAAAAUCACACAAAAACACACACUGGACAAAAACCUUUUCUUUGUUUGGUGUGUGAUAAAACAUUUGCUUUGAAGGAAAGCUUAAUCAGACACACAAGAAUGCACACUGGGGAAAAACCUUUUGCCUGCACAGUUUGUGGUAAAAGUUACUCUAGAAAGGGGGAUUUAAAAAAACACAUUUCACUGGGGUCAUGUAAUAGUGAAUAACUAUACAAUCAAGUUGUGGUUCAGUAACUGCUCAUUGUAGUCUUAUCAUCCUCUUCAGUAUCAUUGGCUAUCAUUUCAAAACAUGCCAUCAUUUUUCAUAUGGCAGGCUCCACAUCCAAUUUCAAGUUUUGCCAUUUGUUUUGUUCAAUUGCUGAUUUUUCUUUGCUCUGUUUUUUCUUUUCAUCUUUCUCUUUCUUCAUGUGUGAUGUGAGUUGAUUUGUGGCUCGUGCGAAUAUGUAUUCUGAUAUUCUAUGCAGUGUGACAAAUUGAACAUUUCAUGAUGAAUAAAUAAAAAUAUGCAUGCAAGGAUGA